GUUUCAAAGUUGAAACCCAAAAGUAAAUUAACCAUCCCAGUAAAUUAUUUCGUUACUUAAACUUAAACCAUCCCGCGUUUGCCCUAAUCCGUUACCGGCGUCCGUCACCGCCACAACUCGCCGUCUCAGGUUGUACUGCAAAUUGUCAUUCGGUAAUUCUCGCCGCCUCUUCACGACACAUGUAGGUUACAUGGAAGAUUCAGAGCAACGAAAAAAACGGUUGAAAGAGAUGCGAUUGGAAGCUGAUCUUGCUGAAGAUUCUGGUGUUGAAGGUUCCGGUGUUCCCGGUUUUCUUUCAAAUCCGUUGGCUGAAGCUCCUUCAACUGUUUUAUCAACUGAUGCUGCUCCAAGAUUUAACUAUUAUACAGAUCCAAUGAAUGCAUUCUCUUCUGAUAAGAGGAGUAGUGUUAAUGUCCGGCCUGCGCCCGAGUAUUUGCCUCCUCCUCCGAGUUUUGGUGGACCAUCUAUGGUGCAAUUUUCAUCGCCAUAUCCAGAAUCAGAAAAUCCACAGAUGUCUCCCUUUCCCACACAAGCAUUGCCAACAGCCUAUAGAAACCCGGUUUGGAACGGACCUCGAGGCACUAACAUUCCAUUCCAUCCACCAGGUGGUGGUGCUUAUCCGAGUCCUAGGUUUGAAUCACCAGGCAGUCCGUCAUACAACUCUGCACCAGGCGGUCCUUCAUACAACUCUGCACCAGGGGGUCCGUCAUACAACUCUGCACCAGGGGGUCCGUCAUACAACUCUGCACCAGGCGGUCCGUCAUACAACUCUGCACCAGGCGGUCCGUCAUACAACUCUGCACCAGGCAUGAAUCAAUGGCGCAACCAUAGUCCAUAUCCUAGUUCAGAAUAUAAUCCAAAUCAUUCUCCAGCAUUCAGAAACAGUCCCAACUCUAGUCAAGGGCGAGGAAGGGGCAGCUGGAACAACACUGGAAGUCCUGUACCAGGACGAGGUAGAGGACGAGGAUCAAGUUCUCAUGGUCGCAGGUACAACGAAAACACAAAUUUUCGUCCAGAACAACUUUACAAGAUGUCCAUGGUUGAAGAUCCGUGGAAGUCUUUGAAACCUAUUAUAUGGUAUUCAACGUAUACACGUGAGAAUUCGAAACCCUGGAAUCCUUCAAAAUCAACAAGUUCAAAAAGGGAGGGACCUCCUGCUGUUUUUACCAAGUCCAGUUCUUCUGGCCCAAGCCUUGCUGAAUACUUGGCUUCGGCGUUCAAUGAAGCUGCCAACACUGAAGAAAAUGUAUGAUGACUGCUUUCAAUGACUUGAACUCAGUUAUGGAUGAUUUUUAGGAAUGGGUUCAGGUUACUUACAUGGAUGAUUAGUGCAGAUACAAGGUUAGAAACUGUUAAAACUGUGUAACCUGAAUACAUUGCUGAAUACUGAGUAACCAUUCAUUUUUAAAUGCUUUGGCAUAAGCGACGUACUGAACUUGAGAGACAGUAAGCAUAUGAUGCACUCGAUUGAGGUUCAAGGCUGGAAAAUUGAAUGGUUUUAUGUAUAUUUUAUUAUAGAACUGUAAUUGUUUACACUGCAUGACUAGAACAUUGUAUUGAACGUCUUUGAUAUUAUAGUCAAGUCCGUUAACGUUUUCUGCUA